CGAACAAAAACAAAACCAACGCCCCUCACAACAAAAACAAUCCCUACGAAAUCUUUCCUCCUCAUCCAAUCCUCCGUCCCAGCGAUUGUCCCGCCGCUACAGCUACCAUGUCGUCCACCACUGCCCCUCCUCGCCUCUCUCGAGGCCGCCGCUUCUGCCCCUCCUCGCCUCUGUCGCACGCACCCCAUCCCGGUCAGGGGCUGCGAGAUCCAAACUGUGGCACAGUCCGAAGGACGACGAGGUCUGGGCGCAGCGGGAUGCGGCGGAUCUAAAGGGGUGGCGGGGUCUGAACGGGGCUAUGCGGUUCCUGGCGGCAGUCCCUAGCGCAUCUUUGACAUUGGAUCACUAGCCCUGUUUGCCGCCCGCAGGUCGCCGGCAACCAUGAGUUUUCCAUCGUCAGUCAUUGACUCCGUUGCUUCGUCUUCCACCAUCCUCCGCCCGCCGCACUGCCCUGACGGUCCAUUCUCCGGCCAAUGCACCGCGCCGACGUCCACCCGCUGCUCCGUCCAAAGGCCGGACAGCUGCGCCGCGACUACCCAGUGCUCGGGUCUGACUUUGAGGAAGCUGCAUCACCCCGAGCCCCCGACCUGCGCGGACCAUCUGCCCCUUCCGUCGAACAGGCAACUCCUCCGACACCCUCCACAUCCUCUUAUUCUUACCGGGUCUUUUGUAGCUAUGGCAAGAAAAGUUCUAAUUACCAAGAACUUAAUGUUGUAUGGUCCUGGGUGGCUGGGUAUGGUGAUUGUAAUUUACAGAGAAUGCAUUAGUACAGGAUAUUAAAAAAAUAUUCUCUAUAUUUCAGGCGGCUAACUGCUUAAAGGUCCUAUCUAUCUUUGAAUUAUUCAUACUGACCUUCAAGUUUCUAGCGAAGAUCUACUUUCCAUGGGGUUAAGUUCCAGUUUUCCAAUGAGAUGCAGAUUCUGGUGCCAAAUCCAUCGUCAAUGGCGUAGCUAAUGCUGUACUGAAAGCUGAUGUAUCACUAAAGAUCUUCUUGGAGAACAUUUUUUCGUUGAGUUCACAUGUGAAGUUUAUGCAUUGGUUCGUGAAUGCCGCACAACCAUGUGUGCUUGAAAGUUUUUUAUCUGGCCACCAUCACUGUUGGUUUCUUUAUUCUGCAUUGAGUAGUUUCUUCAGGCAAGACAUGGGUAUAUAAUAGACUUAAAAAAAAGACAUGUAUGUUUCAAACAGGAUGCUCUCUCCUUCGUUCAUGUCUGCAUUUUCUCAUGGUUCUUUUGUCCAAAUUCAUAUGUUUCAGCUGUGCAUUUAUGUUUCACAAUGGAAGAAACAGGUGCUACAGAUUAGCUUGAUUCCUUUGGUCGUUCAGAGAAUACUGCACAAAUGUACAACCUCCUUUUAUACUUCUAUUCUGUAAUAGGCUGUCAUAGAUGGGAAACACAUGCAAUGGGAUUUGGUGCUCUUCUGUGCAGUUGCAAAGAGACUGUCAAAUGUUGUGAGCUUCUAUUUCAGGAUGAAAAUAAAAUAAAAAGACCCUCUUCGAGAGCAGGUAUGGCUGCGCCUUCAAAGCGCAAUGCGCUGGUGAACGUGACAGUCGAGGACACCGGCGCCCUCCAUUGCGGCGUCUGCUGGCUCCCUCUCAAGCCGCCCAUCUUCCAGUGUCAGGUCGGCCACGUGUUCUGCCUGCCGUGCCGCGACAAGCUGGUCCAGACGUCGGCGCGAUGCCCCGUGUGCCGCGGCGAGAUCGUCGACGACAACGGGGGCUACCGGUGGAACCACGGCCUGGAGAAGCUGCUGGAGUCCAUCCGCAUGCCAUGCCCCAAUGCCGCCCGGGGCUGCUCCGCAAAGCCAGCCUACUACGACCGGCAAGCCCAUGUCAAGACAUGCCCCUGCCGACCAUGCCACUGCCCGGCAAAAGCCUGCGGCUUCGCCGGCUCCAUGGCGAAGCUCCUGCAGCACUUCCCCUCCGUGCACAGGUGGCCCUUAACCAAGCUCACGCAUCGGCGAUGGCAGGAGAUCCAGCUCCGCCACGGCUUCAACGUCCUGGACGUCGGCGACUCCUACGAUGCCGCCGCCAAGCGCCUUAUCUGCCUACUGCUGGUGGUGUCCAGCAGGCGGCGUCUUGGAUGCGCCAUCUACCCUGUGUGCCUGGACGCUGGCGGAGGCGGCAUUGAUGGAUGCGACCUCGAGCUCGACGUCUCGCGGCACAACGACGAAACCGAUAGUGGCGACUGCCCGGCCUAGAGGACCGCUUCCAGUUCGUCAUGCCUAAGUCGAUUCGGCCGGACAUGGAGGGGACUAUCAAGGUUUCAGCAUAUGUUAGUUUUGUGUGCUCGGUCUCCUAUAGUUUCUGUCGAUAUUCGAUGGUGUGAAAAGCGGCUCAUUCAGUUUAAAGGAAAACAAAACAUAGUAAAAGUGGAAAGGGAAUGACUAGGGCUAUGUUGACUGUGUGAUUAACAAAUUCUUAGUCGAUCUUGUCUCUACUAAGCACAUUACCCUCUAUUCUGGUCCUGUAUUACACAUGUAAGUUUGGUAAUGAUUUUU